AUGCCAUCAGGUUUUCAGACCCCGUUGACCGUCUCCAUAGGCUGUGUCACCUGCAAGGCCAAACGGCUGAAAUGUGACGAAAUCAAACCGUCGUGUCAACAGUGUGAGAGGCGAAAAGUCAAAUGUGGAGGGUACAAGAAGGACUUCAAAUGGCGACCUUUUGAAGAGACCAACUUGGCCCCAGGGCGACCUGCCACGAAAGCGAAGAAAGGUACUACCAAGCGUCAGAAGUCAAGGCCAGAAAUUGACACAACGCUAGCCACUUCUUAUCAACCUCCAACCACAGAUAGUUUUCCAACGCCCCCUACCACUGAGCAAUCAGCCUCGCCGGCUCGUAUACCCCACAAGGCCCAUGCGCCGCAUUCACCGCCAGGUUCCCCACCGCAGAGCUCGCCGGUCAGUAUCACCAGCUUCCCAUCAGAGACACAGUCUAUCGACGACUUAUCGGGAAACCGAGAAGAUGGCCCUUUGGUGGAUGAUCACAUCUCUCUGAACGUCAAUGUUUCAUUGUCGGCCGACACUCCUCCCUUCGACUUUCUUUCCUUCCUCGAGCCCUUUCAAGACUCUUUAUCGUUGGCAAACUCUUUGGUGUCGGAUGUCGACACAUGUACUGGAAAACAAGGGCCUACUAGCCCUGACCAACUGAAUCCUACUACAUCUGGAUUGAGCUUCUCCCAGUUGCUUGAGGAUGAAAAUGAUGACAUCGAAGAGAUCAUUCGACGGUCGGACCCAGGCCUCGGACCUUGGAACUUGAACCUACCUGACAUAGAUGCGUUCAACUUUCAAAGCUGCAGCGUUCCUGGAAGCCCGUCCCUGCCCACAGGGAGCCCCGAAAUGCUUGUAUUACGAUUUGACAAGCUCACGUGUGGAAUCCUCUCGGUCAAAGAUGGAGCUUUGGAGAACCCGUGGCGCACCCUUGUCUGGCCUCUGGCCAAGGACACGCCAGCACUCCGUCAUGCCAUUUUUGCUUUAGCGGCAUUCCACUCGGGCAAAGAAAAUCCUUAUCUCCGCAUCCAGGGAGUCAAGCACAUGAGGCAAAGCAUGGCAUUCCUUGUCGAGAACAUCCAGAACAUGAGAGCAGACACAGCGCUGGCCACAAGCUUGGCGCUGGCAUUCGCCGACACCUGGGAUCAGCACACACGAACAUGCAUCCAGCACCUGCGAGGGGCGAAGGCUUUGGUUUCUCAAGUAAUUGCGACUGGAAUGCAAGGAAAUUCCAGUGACGAGGAGCUGGACCGGAUCCGUUUCCUAUACAACACCUGGACCUAUAUGGACGUGAUAGCGCGUAUGACGUCGCUUGAUGAUUGCGGUCCCCAUAGCUGGAACUCGUCAGUAUUUGAUCUUCCCAGCACCACGGUCCAUGAUAUCGAUCCAUUGAUGGGCUGCGCAGCCACGCUGUAUCCAUUGAUGAGUCGGGUGGCCAAACUGAUCCAGCAUGUACGAAAAAGUACAUCGAAUACCGUAUCAGUUGUGGCACAAGGAAUGGAACUCAAAGCUCUGCUCGAAGAAUGGGAACCUCCACGCUGGUUUGAGCCUCCUGAAGAUCCGCAUUCGGAGGUGCAGCAUAGCAUUCAAGUCGCGCAUGCCUAUCGCUGGGCCACACUGCUUUAUCUGCAUCAAGCUGUUCCUGAGAUUCCUUCCGAGCCCGCUGAUGAGCUAGCAAAACGUGUACUCAUUCUGCUGGCGACGGUCCCAUACACGUCUCGCACCACCAUCAUUCAGAUGUUUCCUCUGGUGGUUGCUGGAGCGGAGGUUGAUGCCGAUGACGAUCGCAAGUGGGUCUUGGACAGGUGGACCACGAUUCAGGCACGGCUGAUGCUCGGUGGGGUGGAUCGGUGCCUGGAGGUCUUGAAGGAAGUCUGGGGCCGACGUGAUGCGAUGAAUGCUCGAAGAGAGCAUGAAAUGGGCUCACGGCGGGCUGGAUCAGCUUCUUCGGACAGAGAACGAACGAGCUCAUCACUACCGAAUGAUUUCAACAAUUACAGCCUGAACGGAUUUCACAAAAGCGCUAUGGCCGGACGAGGUCAUUCGAGGCAUGCGCGUCGAGGCUCCGCUCUGACGUCGUUGGAGAAUAUCGAGUUCGAGAGGACAGUGCGCGGCAAGCUGCACUGGGUUAAUGUGAUGGCUGAAUGGGGAUGGGAUGGUCAGUCCACAAUUCUAGCUUGA